UAUAAUCAGCAGACAACAUUAUGGAUACACGUGCUAUCUGAAGGGUGCAAACAAAGUUCAUACGAUCGGGCUCCUUAAAUAUCAGUCAGUUUGAAUCAACAAAUUUUCUUUCGUGUUUAGGAUCGACAAGGAAAACUUCUGUGUCAGUGGAUGGUUGCUUUUGCUUCAGUGCGCUGUGAGAGGGUGAUGCAAAAACACGACAUUCGAGAAUCAUUCUUUCAAUGUCAGUAAAACGAUGAUGACUUUGGUGGAAUCACCGGAACAUUCACCGGCAGACUGAGUCUGUAUCUGUUUGUUAUUGAGUGCAGGUGUCAUGCCACAAGUGCAGGUGUCGGGAAAUUAAGCUUACUGGGCCGAUGUUGCGUGGAGAAAGCUGUCGAAAUCGAUGGAGAAAAGAGGUCUUGUUUUCACGAAAUUCCACAGGGCCACAGAUGCUUAUUGAUAUGCCGAAAAUUCUAUAGGGUUAAUGAACAACCAACCAUUUCUCUGUAUUUGUGAUGAGAGAGGUUGAGGCUACAAUGGGAAGUCGACACAAUUCAGGCCCAUUGAACGGCCCUGGCCAGGGGAGAAGGAUGCCGAAGAGAAGACACCGUUUGAAAGGAUCUUACUUUGAACAAUACAACACUAGCAUCAUAGCUGCCUUCAAGUCUGUGCCAUCAUUUCGCCCCGAUCAGUUCAAGGUCCAUCGACCAAUGAUGGGGCAGUGCUGCAGUUGUCUCCCUUCCAGCAGGAGAGAUCUGAUUAGUGAGAGAAUAUGUGAAGAGGGAAUCAGGAACAUAUUUGAUGUGAGAACCGAGCUGGGGUCAUGUGGAUACUUUGCGAGAACUAUGCCAUCCAUAGCCUAUGCAUUGAGACGAGUUGGACAGGGAAAGUUUCCUGAUGUGUCCCUUGCUGUACUCAACAACAAGAGAGUGGUGGAAGCUGUGCAGCUCACCCUUCAAGAGGCACAGGCGGAACAUGCAGAUUCCCCCAGCAGCAAGAAGCGGCCUCCCCCCUCCCUGUCCCACUACCAGCAGUCCGCCAAGAGGAUCCUCAGCAAGAUGAAGGCUUCCAUAUCUGGCCACUUGGUCAGGCUGACUGGGUGGUUCCUGUUGAAGUUUCUCAGCCAGUUCCUGAGGACGAUCCAGGUCCACAAGGGGCAGCUGGAGAUGGUCCACAAGGUGGCACAGCGUGGUGUGCCUGUGAUCUAUGUGCCUCUCCACCGCAGUCACCUCGACUACAUCCUUGUCACCUUCAUCCUCUGGAACUACAGCAUCAGAGCACCCUACGUGGCUGCGGGGAACAAUCUCGAUAUCCCAUUCUUCAACAUGUUGAUGCGAGGUUUAGGAGGGUUUUACAUUCGUCGGAAGCUGGACAAGGGAGGGAAGAAGGACCAUAUAUACAGAGCCGUGCUUCAUACUUAUAUGCAAGAGCUACUGAAGAAAGGUGAAGCCUUUGAGUUCUUCAUCGAGGGAGGACGAACACGCUCAGGGAAAGCUUUGACACCUAAAGGAGGCUUGCUAUCGAUUGUAGUUGACUCAUGUAUAGAAGGUCUGAUCCCCGAUGCAUAUGUAGUGCCAAUCAGUAUAAGCUAUGAGAGGUUGUUAGAUGGCAACUUCCACAGAGAACAGAUGGGUCUUCCUAAAGUGAGUGAGUCCUUCCUUGGAGCCUGGAAGGGCAUCUGGCGUGUUCUGUGUCAGAACUUUGGAAGUGUCAGAAUUGAUUUUGCUCAGCCCUUUUCAGUGAAGGAGUACAUCCAGUGUAACCCUUCUCAGCUGAACCGGCCGCUGUCUCCGAUGGCGUCGUCGUCCGGCGAGAACUCCCCCGAGUCCUCCUGCCCCAGCCUCAACGGCAUGACCUCCAGCUCCUCUCGAGCAAGUCUGCAGUUUGACGGCCUGGACAACAGCCGGUGCCUCGUGAAGGGCAUGGGACUCCAUAUAGUACACACUGCUGUUCACUCGACAGCUCUCACCUGUACCAAUAUGGUGGCAUUCCUCUUCCUCAUCAAGUUUCGACAGGGUGUGACGAUGCCCCGGCUGGUACACAGCUUCAACUGGCUCAAGCAGGAGCUGAAGAUGCGUAACCGAGAUGUAGCUUUCUGCGGAGAGUCUGACGUGGUUGUAGAGUACGCCGAGGCACUGCUUGGUACUGACCUCAUCACCAGGAAACAUGAUGAGAAUGAUGUAGAAGUCCUGAUUCCGUGCCUGACCUUGCCCAAUGUGUUUGAAUUGACCUACUACGGCAACAAUGUGAUAUCACCGUUCCUCCUGGAGAGUGUAAUAGCUAAUGCCUUGAUGUAUGUUGGUAAGUUUUCACCGACAAACACCCCUCUGCAGGAGAAUGGACCAGUCAGAGUAUGCAGAGAAAGAGUGAUCGGUGUUGCUGAGGAACUUUGCAAACUGCUUCAGGAAGAGUUUAUUUUUGUCCCACCUUGUGGGAGACUGAAUGAGGCCUUAUCUGAUAUGGUAGAACAGUUCAUCUCACUGGAGAUUCUUGCAGAGGAGGAAUCAGAGUAUGACAAUCUGUACACUACAUUUGAUCGUCAGUGGGCCAACCGUCUCUCAGCACAGCUGUCCUGGGCCGAUGAGGAAGAUGAUGAUACUGAUGAUACUUUUGUGGAGGAAAAGCCUCUCAAACUGAACAUUGAACAGCAGACUGUGUGCGAUAAGCUGCAAUUCUAUCACCGGAUCCUGGCCCCCAUCCUCGAGACAUACCUGGUCACAGCCUACAGGAUCUCAGGGAGUCUGGAGACCGAGAUGCCAGAGGAUGACUUCAUGAGGAUGCUGCUGGCACAUGCUCAAGAUCGAGUCGCAAAGAACUCCUCAUUGUAUGCUGAGAGUGCCUCGAUGGACACACUGAAGAAUGCAGUGAAGGCGUAUCAGAACAUCCGUAUUGUGGAGUGUUACAAUGCCAGCAAUUUGAGAAUUAUCGGACUGUGUGACCAUUACCAGGUCAAAGAGAGGCUUGGACAUUAUAUUGAACUCCUUGAGACACUCAGAGAGUAGUCUCCCUUGGACCAAGGACCUUUAUAGUCGAACAAAGUCGUCCCCUUUGUUGAAACUCUUAGAGAUUUCUGUUCAGGUGUCUUUAGAAGCGAUGCAUAGGAUUGGAAUGCUUCCAUGGAUGGAUGCAUAGGAUUGGAAUGCUUCCAUGGAUGGAUGCAUAGGAUUGGCAUGCUUCCAUGGAUGGAUGCAUAGGAUUGGCAUGCUUCCAUGGAUGGAGUGCAGGUUUCAGGUACCUGAUAUGGCCGAGAAUCUGUGAUAGACGAUGUAGACUUCCGCUGCUUCCUGUGCACGACCGUGUGUCAUGUUGUUAAGUAUUAUGUCGGACAUGAACAUUGGCUCACUCCCUGUAGCCUCGCUGUGAGACAGGGUGUCACACACAUGGCCUCUGAGCAUCACGUGCAUAAUAAGACCUGCUGUAUUGUCAACAUGAACUCUAUUUUGUGGCUUGUUUGUUUAUGAAUCAACAUGUUGCAUGUGUUUGUCAGCUGCUAUGUGCAAUAAUUUAAGGAUAUGCGCACUGUCCUUAUGAUCAUAGAAAGAUAUGUAAAAUCUCUUCAGAUAGAACCACAAUUUGGUCAUGUGUAAGAAAUCAUAAGUAUAAUAUGUAAGUAAUAUUUAUUAAAGAAGCAUUUAUUAUCUGUUCAGAAGUCUUAGCUAAUGCCACUUUAAUUAUCUGUACUUCGGAAUCCACAGUACAACAGUGUGCAUUCAUUUGCUAUAUCUACACAAGACACUUGUUAUUAUGUGUUGUGUCAGUCGUCAAAAGUUUCUUGAAAUUCUUUCAAAUUGGACCAGAUUAUUUUUCGUCUCUUUACCAUUUUUACCAAUUUGGGCACUCCCAGUGACAAUCAAGUAUAAAAGAAGGUUGUGUCGGGUGAGCUACAGGGCCCAUGGCUCAUGACUUCUGUGUGUGUGAGUUUGUGUCUAUGCACAAAAACUGUGAACAUUUGGGACAAGAAGAGUGUAUAUUUUACAUCGGUGUUUCCGAUCAGCAUUGUCUGCUUCAGCUCUGUACAUUUAUUGUAUUAGUUGAUCAACUUGUGUGGGAAUCAAUUUCACAAUAUAGUCACAAGUAUAGAUAAUAUAGUGACUUUAAUUAAUAUACAAGAAUUAUGUCAGAUAUCAUAAAAUGAUAUCUUUGUAACCAUGGUAACUCUGAAAAGUAUGACUUACUACUUUACGUAAUUACAGGAAGCACAUCCCCGAAACACCAUUUUGUACGCUACCUCAGAUUUUAUAAUGUAGAUUCACUUAUUAUGUUACCAAUAAGGGAGCAGGUAUGUGCAGAGUUAGUUUCUGUAUAUUUCAUUGACCAUUAUAACGAUCGUUCCAUAGCAGCGUGACAUAAAAAAACCUUUGUUACAAAUAAUUUGAUGUAACAAAAAAGUAUCUGAGCUCAUGUCUCAACUUCAGAUUAGGAAAACCCCCAUUUUUCUGCAUUUCUCAGAAUUAAAUGUUUUACAUUAUCUGUUUAACAUUAUCUUAUUGUUGAAAGUUGUCAAGAUUUGGAACUUUAAAAACUAAUUCACUUGAUAAUCUGCAAUCCUCCUUUGCUUCUAGGUUAUUCUCUAUUUACUGAAUACAUAGUGUCUCUAUGAGACCAGUGACUGGAAUUAGGAAAUGUCCCCCAGACUGGAGCAUAGUCACACUUUAAUUGCUUGUAUCUCUGACUAUGAUCUUUGUUAAUUUAAGUAAUGAUAGACAAACUCACUUGACUAUAGACCCUUUGAGAUUAACCAUUCUUGUUGUGUCUUGAUGUAGGCAAUGCACAGCAAUGCAAAUGACAACCUUUAUGUUAUUUUACAUUGAAAUGGUCAGGCUCUAGAAACUUGGCCUGGCACAUUGGAUUUAUCGUAACUCCAUUACUGCCAUGUAAGUACUAGAAUCCUGAUGAAUGGUCAUCAGAGCAGAGAUGUGAUUGUAAAGCACUUCUACUUUCUUCGACAUGGUGGGAGUGGCAUCCCACGUUUCAUGUAGUGAGACAUAGGAUACCACUGCAGACGUUAAUAAAUCUAAGUGUGCUCUCAUGGGAUUCAUGCAACUUCACUGCACAUUUCCGCAGAAUUGUAUUUGUCAUGGUAGAUUAUUUGCUCACAUAUAUGGACUGCCACUCGUUUCAUUUUUGUUUUGCGUGACCUGUGAUCUGUGAUCUGUGAAACAGUCUCCAAGGAUACAUGAAAAACACAUCGGGCAUUAACGUUGAGGCAAAGAACGUUAUCAAAGCUGCCUAUGAGAGAGGUUGUUAUGAUCUUAUUUAUGACAAUAUUGUCACGGUCCAGGCACAAAAAAUGGCAGACAUUCACUGUUUGUUUUCCUGUGUACAGUUUUGUAGUAGGGGACUCCUCCCUUUGUUGCUACCUAGAUCUAUCUCUGCAUUACCAAUGAUGUCAUCGUAUACCAAACGUGUAGAGCGAUGCUCAUGAUGUUAAUCACUGGAUUGUCUGGUCCAGACUAGAUUAUUUACAGACCGCAGUCAUAUAGCUGGAAGUUUUCUGAGUGGGGUGUUAAACAACAAAUACAGAAACAAACAACAAGCAUUACCAAUGUGCUAGCUUCCUCUCGCCAAAAUUCAUCUUUUCAAAUAUUUGUUAUAUUUCAAUUUGUUUUGUGACUUCAGAUGGACGUUAUUAUUUGUUUACCAGGAGGACUUGUAGAGGCUGGUUUUGUAAAUGCAUCGUUGAUUUCAGACUAACCACUGUCUUCCUUAUUCUGAUGUUUGAAGGAGAUUCCACAAUGACAUUUUGUUUGGUAUCUUGGCACAGUAUGAUCUAUAUGCAUGGUUUCUACUUGUCAAAGAUUUGUAUUUCCUUUCAUUACUGCUUCCAUGCUUCAAGCAUCUUGUUAUCCUCCUUAAUGAUUGAUACACACAUACAGCCUUCAAAGAUGCCCAGUUGUCAGUUCCUAGUACUGUCAGACUGUUCUGGUGUUCCAGCUAGUCACACUGUUGUGGUCUUACAGGUAGACAGACUGUUCUUGUGUUCCAGAUGGUCAGACUGUUCUUGUGUUCCAGGUGGUCAGACUGUUCUUGUGUUCCAGGUGGUCAGACUGUUCUGGUGUUCCAGCUAGUCAGACUGUUGUGGUCUUACAGGUAGACAGACUGUUCUGGUGUUCCAGGUGGUCAAACUGUUCUGGUGUUCCAGCUAGUCAAACUGUUCUGGUCUUACAGAUAGACAGACUGUUCUGGUGUCCUAGAUGGUCAGACUGGAUUAAAUGCAACUUAACCCAAAUAAUUUACUGCCCAGAUAGUGAUACGUAUGUAUUUUUAGGACCACUAACUGAAAAAUCUGAAUUGUUUCUUGCCCUUAGUUAUAUUAGGCAAUCAGACUUGGACUGGUACCAGCAUCUCUGUCUUUCCAACACAUCCCUUCCUCUGUGGUGUACCAGUCCCCAGGGUACUCUUCUCUCCUUCCUCUGUGGUGUAUGCAGUCCCAAGGAGAGUGCUCUCCCCUUCCUCUGUGUACACAGGCUCCAGAGGGGUCCUCUCCCCUUUCUCUGUAUGUACAGUCCCAGGAGAGUGCUCUCCCCUUCCUCUGUAGUGUAUGCAACCCCCAGGGGACUCUUCUCCCCUUCCUCUGUGGUGUAUGCAGUCCCCAGGAGAGUGCUCUCCCCUUCCUCGGUGUAGACAUUGUCCCCAGGAGAGUGCUCUCCCCUUCCUCUGUGUACACAUUGUCCCAGGAGAGUGCUCUCCCCUUCCUCUGUGUACGCAGUCCCCAGGAGAGUGCUCUCCCCUUCCUCUGUGUACACAUUGUCCCAGGAGAGUGCUCUCCCCUUCCUCUGUGUACACACAGUCCCCAGGAGAGUGCUCUCCCCUUCCUCUGUGUACACACAGUCCCCAGGAGAGUGCUCUCCCCUUCCUCUGUGUACACACAGUCCCCAGGAGAGUGCCCUCCCCUUCCUCUGUGUACACACAGUCCCCAGGAGAGUGGUCUCCCCUUCCUCUGUGUACACACAGUCCCCAGGAUAGUGCUCUCCACUUCUUCCUCUGUGUACACACAGUCCCCAGGAUAGUGCAGUGUUUAUCCUGUUGUGUAUAAGAUGGCUUCCAUGGCUUUGCAUAAUUUGCAAUGAACAAGUCUACAUCAUAAGUGGCUGCCAAAUAUCGAAACAAUCUCCAGGGACCAGAGCUACUUGUUCAGCUUGUUUUAGGUAUGCAUUCUCAGUCUAUAGGAAAUCCUGAACACCAUCAAUAUGCUGAGGAUCUCUAUGACUGAUGUUGUUGAUGUAAUUCCCAGCCUGUAGUGAUGAUCAAUGUCAGUACAGCAGUUUGAAAAUGUAUCCGAUUGUGUCCAGUUCAAAUCGUCCCGUUUUCGUACACUUAUAUUUCAUUUAACCAGUGGAUGAAAGUAGAUGUUAGUCUCUGCUCCAGUUUUGUUAUUGUUUCUAUAUAUCAUUUCACAUUUCUUCUCAGUUGAGGAUUAAUGAUUGCAUUUUGUAUGAUAAUUUAUUGGUAAUUAUAUCAAUUUCUGCAUUUAAUAUUAUUAUUUAUUUUUAAUUAUAUUCAUUUACAGAUACGUAUAAACAUUAAGAAAGACACUGAUGGAGAUAAAUUACCGUAAUUACUUUAUCAAAUUUUAGGACAAUUCUGAUCCAUUUUUGUUGAUCAUGUUCAUGCAAGGAUAUUUUUAUGCAAAGUUUGGAUGGUUGAAAAUUUUAGUAAGCAUUUAUAUGUUCAUUAUAUGUAAGGCAUAGCAUUUGUUGGACAUUAAAACAUACAGUCACAUCUAUUUCAUUAACAUCUAACUAAAGAUGUCUUCAGAGACAUCACACUUAAUGCUCCAAUUCCAUGUGCAAUAUACUGUGAGGGACUGUCAGUGUCAACAACUGGCUCUGGGUAUGGGUGAGGUGUUUCAAUGAUGCUUGUAGAUGCACCAGGCACACUACUACUGGAGUUGGGCAGCAAUGAAACCUGUAGAUGAGGCAGUAGGAAAUGUCAAAAUGUCGUAAUUUGGUAGGGUGGGUUAAAAUGGGGUUUGAUGCCCCUCACACUAUUUUGAAAAUAACAAGGGACACACAUGACCCUUGUCCCACAACAUCUGCUUACAUUGUAUUGAAAUAUUAGUGUACAUCUGUGUCUGUGCUUGUUGUAACAGGAGACUAACACGAUCGGGUGACUUGGUUGAUGCAUGUCAUCGUAUGCCUAUUGUGUGGAUCGAUGCUCAUGAUGUCAAUCACUGCAUUGUCUUGUCCAGACUCAAUUAUUUACAGAUCGCCGUCACAUAUAUUGCUGAGUGAGGCGUUAAGCAACAAACAAACAAAACAAAACAUCCAUGUCUGUUUGAUUUUCAUGUGAAUCCCUCCUCCACUCAAGGUUACAAUUGGACAAUUUAUGUGGACCUCAGCCUGGAAACUUUUUCAAAUUAACCAAUAGUUGCUACUCUUUUCAAAAAUGUACAUUUGGAGCAUGUAGGAUGAACUAAAAAACUGAGGCUUCAGUUAUAUAUAUGUCUUUGAACACUAUAACAAUAGUAGGGUGCAUUAACAAAAAAGAGGCAUAUUAUUUUAAUUUAGUACCAAGAUUCAUGCUACUUGGGUCUUCUUUCCUAGACAAGUAAUUGUUACUUUAGAAGUUACCCAGAUAUAUAUUCUGUGUAAUGGGUACCAUUGAUAUUUAUAUACACAGUGCACACCACGAUAACACUUUGAUCACCUUCAAGUUUGCAUGUACUCCUGCACUAUAAUACAGGUGAACAUUUACAAAGACUGAUCUCAAACAGGUUAUACUAAAUACUAACUGUGUGGUUGAGCGUGGAUGUUAUUGGUGUGAGAACUUUGAGAGAUUUGCACAUCUUAGAAACAGUUAGCUGUAGUGUUUACGGCUGUGGCGAUUCGCUGCAGCUUCAGUGCAUUAAGAUAUGCUGUGUCACGAUAUUGCCUUGAUACAAAUGUGUACCUAUGGUCAUGUAGCUUCAAGAACCUUACAUGUUUAUUAUAGGAGACAUUUCAAUUGGUUGAAAGCAUAUUCACAUUUUAUUUGGUAUGACGAUGAAUUGGGAAAUACUGUUUUUCGGUAUGUGACCCAAAGUUCACAAGCUGUUAUUAGUGGACUAAGAAUGUGUUUGUUCGAUACCUGUUGAAAAAUAUGGUUCGUCGUAAUGUUGAGUUCCUGAUUUCAUUAUCAUGUAGUGUGUGGUGACUUGACUUUCAGGGUGUACAUUGUGACUGAGUGAAUCGCUACAGCCAGUGGGUUGUCACAUUCAUGUGACUGUGAAUAUAUUCUUGAUUUCAAUGCACAAACGAAUUACUUUGUAACUUUCUUUUUAUCUCUGACAGAAUCAUCUUGUUACACAGCAUUUAUCCAGUGAUGAUGGAAUUAAUAUUGACAACAAUGGAAACUUCAAUCAUGACUAACAGUGAUUUACUUAUUAACAGUGUUUGGACGACUACUGUGUAUGACAAUGUCUUGUGUAUUCUGAUGUUAGUCUGAGAUUAUGUUCAGUAUACCUUGCUAUUUAUUGACUCUGUUGGCAGUUUAUAUGGUGUUUGUAUAGUACAUAGGAACGGAUUCGCUCACUGUAUAGUUACUGUUGUCAUUAAAAGCUGAUGGAAGUAGA